GGAGAGGAGCCGGAUCCGUUUCCCACGGCCCCACCGCCCCACCCUUCCAACAACCAAACGGGCCUCAAAGAAUUUGCGCGGGCUAAGUUGAAGUUUGGUUGGUCGCGAUCACGAAGGCGGGAAACCAGAGAACCGGAAACCCUUUAACAGCAUCGCCAAAGUCGCCAACCAUCAUAGAUCGUCUCUCAGUCUAAGAUCACUACCUCCACUCAAAUCACAGUAGCAUCUUGGGAGAUCAGAGAAGCCUUUUGAUCUCGCCAUUGUCGUGUUGUAUACCAUCCUCGCUAACCCUAGCUAAGUGUUGUCCAUGGACAAAUUUGUCUUUCUUCGUUCCACUUCACCUGACGGCCAUAAACCCAUCCUAAGGUUGUUGGGCUUUUAUUGUGAAAAAGACGGAAUGGGGAAGGUGGGGAAGAAGAGCUUAUUAGCUUGCUUAAUUGCAGUUGAUGUUGCCGGCACACUAAACUUCAUACUGUUUCAUUCUGUGAAGAUAGGAGCUUUCAGUCAUUUGUACCACAUUGGUGGCAGGAGAUGUCCGACUCAUAUGCAUCGAACUGGCAUAAUUACUGACACAAAUCAUCUAGCACCUGUUACUCUUAGAAGGGAGGGCAUUUCUGGACUGGAAUUUGACACCAAGGGAAUAUACUUGGCAUCAGUAACAAAAUCGGGGUGUUUAACAAUUCAUGACUUUGAAACUCUUUAUUGCCUGAGUAGUGGUCUAUCACCAUGUUUGGAGGAAGAUGAAACUAAACAUCUGCUGCACCUUUCCACUCGUCAACUUGAUGUCGUUCGAUGGAAUCCAGCUAACCAAGAUGAGGUUGCUUGCACGUCUAUGCAGAGUAAUGAAGUUCUUCUUUUUGAUAUUGGUUAUGUCUCUUCUGAACCAGUAGAGGUGCUAAGAAAGAGGCCUACCAUCACAGUAUAUGGUUCUGAAGUCCUCAGGGGUUUAUCUGACAUUGCUUUUACUUCCAUUGACAAAUCAAGGUUGCUUGCAUCUGAUGUCUAUGGCAUCAUCAAUGUCUGGGACAGGAGAAUGAGUAAUCUUCCAUGUCUUGAGCUGGCCACCAAUACCCGUAGCACUAUUAAUAGUAUCCAGUUAAAUGUGGAAAAUCGGAUUGUUUUUGGGGCAAGCAAACAUGGCAUCAUCUAUGCUUGGGAUAUUCGUGGAGGAAGAACAUCUGUUGCUUUCCAAAGUCAUAAAGAGGUUAGUCAUCCUCCUCUAGCAUCUUUCAAGCUAGCAUUGCUGCUAGAGAAAAUCAGGUCUUUGAAGGCACAAUCAGAAAUUUUAUCAAAGGAAAUACACUCAAUUGAUCUCGAUCCAUCUUGUCCAUAUCAAUUAGCAUUCCAUCUUGAUGAUGGUUGGUCUGGUGUUCUGGAUACCAAUAAUUUUCAAGUUACUCACAUGCAUUGCCCACCUCCUGCUUGGUUGAAUGGAGCUGACAUAUCGUCCAGUUGUUCAUACUUGAGAAAACCAUCAUGGCUACCAACAUGUUCGAUCUAUGCAGUUGGGUCGUCUUCUGAUAGUGGAGUUCAUCUCUUAGAUUUCUAUCCAGGGCCUAGCUCAGCUUGCCAUGUGGAUUUCAAUGAGGAUACCCAAUGCAUUUCUGAGGAAGAAAAGCAGAACAGUCGAAACAAAUUUGUUCCUUUAUCAGAAGGUGUUACUGCUUGUGCUGCUCAUCCGAUCAAUUCUACCAUCAUAGCUGGGACAAAGCGAUCCUCUUUGUUAGUGAUAUCUCAAAGGCGCCAGUGUCAUCCUAGUAAUUAAAGCCCAGGAAAUGAUGGGUUCUCUUAGUUAGUAGCUGCUGAGUUUGAAAACUCACCACUUUGAGCAGGCAUUAAAGGGUGUGAAGCUUUAAAAAAAGAUAUCUAGCAGAAAUGGCAGGCAUCUGUGGGACAUCACUCCUAAGUUUCAUUCAGGUUCAUUGUUUUCGAACCAGGUAAUCCUACAAGCAAUUCUGAUUGAGAAAGUCAAUAUUCCUUGACUUUGUCUAUGGCACUGGUAUGAAAUUUUGUAGGUUCUAAAGCAGUAUAUGGGUAUGGUAUAAUGUAUUUGGAGAGGUGUCUUAUUUAAGGUUCACACACUGUGCUCCUACCCUUUUUUUGGGGGGGGGGGGGGGGGAACCAUUCUGACCAAUUGAUAAAAGAACUGAUUGGAAUACCUGGUUCAGAUUUUGCUGGCUGUUCGAAUAAAAGCCUCUGUAUAUAUUUUUUCAUAUUUGAUUACUGUCAAAAUAAUAUUGAUCCAUUGGAGAAUCUUUCCUAUUCAUCCA